AUGUCGCUCAACAACACUCCCAACAAUCUAGUCGCACUCGCAGGUGUCGGUACGGGCACCGGUGGGGGCAAGAGGCCGGCCCAGUUAGCACCGGUGUGCAACAUUCCGCUCGAGCUACUCCACGAAACCAUGUCCUACCUCGAUCGAGCCGAGGUCAAUCAGCUGCGCAGCACCUGCCACCAUUUGGACUACAAGAUCUGGUCAGAUAAGCUGCGCAAGCUCACCGUGGGCAGGACGCUAUAUGCCACCGUCGCCAACUUGGCAAACUUUCUAGGUAUGUUGAACACGUUCGCCCCGCGCGGCGUGAGCGGAGAGGUCAAGGAACUUUGCUUGGUAGCGGAUGGAGUGAAGUCACCUGAGCAUGGCUAUGGUUGGGCUUGGGAGAACUUGUUGCAUAUGGAAUUGGUUGAGGUGGAUGCGAAGGGCGAACUGCUACCCGCCAAGAUGGCGACGAAGGACGACUUGCAGAUCAUCAAAGAUGCCACCAUGAGGCACACCAACUUCGCCAACAUCAACAACGGGUUCAUCAACAGCGGCGGAUAUCGCGCGAUGCUCACUGCGAUCUUGAUCGCCUGCCCCAACCUCGACGUCCUCAACAUUCGCAAGCUCAAGCCCGACGAGCAUCUGCCUGGCUGGUUCGAGACUGAGAAAUUCGAGAAGUUGUCAUUCUACAAGCCUGGCAUGAACACCAAGGAUAUCUUCUACGGCGACUGGCAGUACGACACCGUCCACGGCAGGGUCACUCACUACACUGAUGAUUUCGGCGAAGCCAUUGUUGAGCCCAAUGCCGGUCCUCAGGCCAGCUUCAUCGACGACCUCAACGCUGCCGUCACCGCCUCCGGUCGUGCCAUCACCACCAACUUCAUUCGCGGCUAA